CAUCUGCAUCUGGUCUUUACAUCUACUCUGUGGCUGAAACAUCAUGUCUCAUCACUCCAUCCUUGGGAUCUCUGGACAAAAGCACUUCAGCUCCUGUUCAAUGGCUUCACCUAAACAUGGGAGCUCACACCACACAUUCUCUCACUCCUCCAAAUCUGCAUCUCAUGGUCUCAAGCCACUGCAUUGCUUUAGCAGCAGAAGUGCCCAUAGUAUGGGUUCCAAAGGUCACAAGAUCUCAGUAGGAAGUUUCCAUUCUGGAAAAAGUGGGCAUGGAUCUUGUCAUGGAUCUGGUCAUGGAUCUGGAUAUGGAUCUGGACAUGGUAUUGGAGGACAUGGCUAUGGAUUUGGGGGAUCAGGAAAUUCUGGGGGCAUCACCCAAGUAACUGUGAACCAAGGUCUGCUGGCUCCCCUCAACUUGGAGAUUGAUCCAAGCAUUCAGCGAGUGAGAACUGAGGAGAAGAAUCAAAUUAGGGGUCUGAAUGACAAAUUUGCUACUUUCAUUGACAAGGUGAGAUUUUUGGAACAACAAAACAAGAUGUUGGAGACUAAGUGGGGUUUACUGCAAGAACAGAAAACUGCACGUUGUCAAAUAGAACCUUUGUUUGAAGCUUUCAUCAGUAAUCUCAGGAGACAGCUGGAAAGUCUGAGUUGUGAGAGAGCACGUCUGGAAGCAGAGAGGAACAAUAUGGAACAAACUGUAGAGGAACUAAAGAGAAGAUAUGAAGAAGAAGUGAACAGACGCACAGCAGCAGAGAAUGAGUUUGUUGGACUGAAGAGGGAUGUAGACACAGCUUUUAUGAACAAAGCGGAAUUACAAGGAAAGGCUGAUUCCCUCUCUGAUGAAAUCAAUUUCCUGAGAGCUCUCUAUGAUGCUGAAAUUGCCCAGCUCCAGGCUCAGAUCUCAGACACCUCAGUGGUUGUGUCCAUGGAUAACAGUCGGGAUCUGGACCUGGAUGGAAUCAUCGCUGAGGUCAGAUCUCAAUAUGAGGACAUUGCUAACAGGAGCAGGGCCGAAGCUGAAGCCAUGUACCAGUCACGGUUUGAGGAGCUUCGUACAGCCGCAGGAAGAAAUGGGAAUGAUCUGCAAAGCAGCAAAGAUGAGAUCUGUGAGCUGAACCGAGCAAUUCAGAGACUGAAGGGAGAGAUAGACGGUGUGAAGGCUCAGCGUGCUGCCCUGGAAGGAGCUAUAACAGAAGCUGAAGAACGUGGAGAAUCUGCUGUCAGAGAUGCCAAGAACAAGCUCUCUGAGUUGGAAGGUGCUCUGCAGAAGGCAAAGCAGGACAUGGCACGUCAGCUACGAGAAUACCAGGAGCUGAUGAAUGUGAAACUGGCUCUGGAUAUCGAGAUCGCCACCUACAGGAAGAUGCUGGAAGGAGAGGAGGGCAGAUUGGCUACAGAUGGACAUGUUAAGAUAUCUGUGCUACAUUCCAGCACUGGAGGAAAAUCCAGCUCAGGAGGAACAUCUCAUGGCACAGGAGGCCAUUAUCACAAGGGAGGAUUCAGCUCCAGCAGCUUGAAGAGCAACCACCACACCUCGAGCAAGCACAGCUCUGGUCACGGACAUCACUGCUGAAGUGGAACCAUAGAUUGUAGUGAAGGCAGUGGGUGAACUAAUU